AGAACAGCUCAUAUAAUAUUCUUACUGAACAUCUCAUGGCAUUGCUCAUGCAAGAACUAGAUUCAAUGUUUGCAAAAAAUGGACUAUCUUUAGGUGCUUAUAAUCUUUCUCCAUCAAUCAGUUCUUCUACCAUCACUAGAAAUAGAUUAAUCAUAGAGGAAUUAUCUUAUGAUAGAAAUACAUUACAAGAACAAGCAAACAAGAUGUAUCAAACUCUUAACAACAAACAACGAAGAAUAUAUGAUUCAAUCAUGACGAAUAUUCAAAACAAUACAAAUUUUCUUUACUUUGUGUCAGGUAUAUCUGCGCCUUAUAUUCAAUGCAUGAAGAUCUACACCUUUCUAAAUAUAUCAUAGAUACUAAUGUAUUUAUUUUCUUUUCCCAGGAUUUGGAGGAACCGGUAAAACAUUUUUAUUGAACAACAUAAUCUAUAAGCUACGGUCACAAACAAAAAUUAUCUUACCUGUAGCUACAAGUGCAGUUGCUGCUUUGUUACUCGCUGGAGGUAGAACAGCACAUUCAAGAUUUCAAAUUCCGAUAGAUAUCAAUGAAUCAAGCACCUGCAAUAUACAGCGAGACUAUCUUACUGAGUUCGAUCAAACUAAAAGGAGGAGCAUAUCUGUUGUUUUAUGGCUCAUAUAUCUCAACUUAUAUCUUAUGUAUAUGUAUUUCUAACACUACUUGCAGCUGUGCACCAGUGGACAUCAAUAUAUAUAUAUAUAUAUAUAUAUAUAUCCUUUUUCCUCCACAACAUAUUAAUUAUUAUGAAGAUAAUAUCUUGCUAUGCUGUUUAUCUAUAUGAUUUUCCAUUGUUCCAUCAUGCAUAUUUUACAUAACUGCUGCAAUACCUCCUGACUUCAAACAAAUGACAAUAACUCCUUUGAAAAAUAUCAAUGCAUCAUCAUUUUGAGCAAAAAUAUGUGCAAGAGUUACAAGACUAUCUGAAUUUAGACUUGAUAAUAACCCAGAUAAAAUACAGAGACUUGAUUUUAUUCUACUAGAUGAAGAGGUAACGCUUUUGUUACUACCUUUUUUAUUUACAUGCAAGCCUAAACACAUAACUAACUCUAUUGUAUACACGGGGGAAAGCUAUUGAAGCUCAAGUGCCUGAGCGUCAAGUAGAUCGAUAUAAACCACUACUUAGAGAAGAGGAAGUAUACUUCAUUCAAUACUUCCAAAUAUUUCCAGCCAAAAUGACUUAUCGAGCAGUUGAUCAUAUGUUCUUAAUCAGAUUCACGAAUUACACUGAGGUCCAUAAAACAUCGACAAUCUCUCCGAUGUUUCCAAAGAUUGCUUACUCCUUAGUUUCCUUUGACAUAUUGAAGACAAGAAUAGAUAACAUCAAUGAUAUGUCAGAUAUCAUAGGUAGACUAACUACAGUUGGCCAUACUACAACAGCCUACGUUAAAGGAGUACAAAAACCAAAUCGAAAACUUUAUUUGACAGAUGGCAGGGAAAGUAUUGAAGCUAUGCUUUGGGGUCGACAAGCUACAGAUUUUCCCGCCGAACAAAUUAUAGAAGAGAGCAAAAGAACACCAAUAAUUAUUCUAUUGCUUGGAGUGACUUGCAAAUCACGUGAAGGCCAACUAAAACUCCAGGGGAGCACCACAUGCCAAUGGCAUAUUAAUCCCAUUAUACCUGAAGCAAUUGCACUUCAAAAUAGAUUCAAAGCAUUUCCAUAUGAAGUGUCGUGGCUAAAUACACCAAAUGCAAGUACCCAAACCAUAUCAACAUCCAUUAAUGAUCUUGGAGACGUCAUCAACCCACACAAGAUAUAUGGUAAUACAUACCAAGUUGAUGUUGUGAUAAAAACACUGAAACCUAAUCAACCAUGGUGGUACCUUGGCUGUACUUCAUGUCACAAACGAGUGCUCCAAGAAGGUGAUGGCUAUAGAUGUCCAAAAUGUGCUGCAACUACUGCUAAACCAAUGUAUCGUAUCACAUUAGUAGCAAUUGAUCCAGCUAAUUUCAAUGAGGAAGACCCAAAAAGCAUUGAAAUUGUUUUCUUUGGUACCACUGGAGAAGAACUCACAGACAUAUCAUUUCAAGUUAGAUCCAUAAUAAAUACAUAUGGUCCAAUUGUUCCUGCCCUACCUACAACAAGCAAAACGCCAGGAACUACUUCAGCUCACACACACAGCCCAACAUCAAUUGAUAUUCCGCAGGAACAACACAAAAAAGAAACAGAAAGUCUAUUAUCUAGAUGAAACAACGCCAGUAGAACACAUCACUUCAGCUACGGAUGUGAAAGAAUCAUCUAAACGGCACCUCACUGAAGAAGACCCAGAUUCAUCUGAUCCAAAAAAUAUAACCAAUAAAAGACAUGCUGCAAGGAAGCUUCACUUCAAAGACUAAAUUAUCACCAAUUGAACUUCUAAUGCGGUAAGUCCUCCACCAAUGAACAUAUACAUGCAUUUUCUUUUCAGGUUCAUCCAAAAACACAAAAAAAAAGAAAAAAACUGAC